GGCCUCAGCUGGCAGAUGGCGUGCGCACCACUUGUCUGUAUGGUAGGCCAUCGUGGAUACACUGGGUACAAUUCUUCCGAGCCAGAAAUGCUGGGAGCACCCGCCAGCUUCUUUGUUCACAACAGCCCGCCAUCGCCCAUCACACAGACCCGUACUAAACUGCCGUCCAAGAUGCGCGGCAUCGUCGUCGCGCACGGAAAAGAGGCCGCGCAAACAACACCGAGUAGGGCACCGGCGGAAAAGAACCGCUCGAGGCCGGCGACCGUGUCGCUGCGUUUGCCUGUGAGCGUCCAACCCCAUCCCAACCCCCUCGUUGAGACCUACCGAGCGACCCGGAGGUGAGUGUGUUGGCAUGCGGCUUGCUCUUCCUCCCCCCUUUUUU